GAUGCAGAUCACUGUUGGCAGGAGGCACAUGCGCGCAAUGUUUUUAACAACGACUGGUUCCAGAAGCGUCAGGCUCACCAUCCCAUUUCGUGUACUUUGCCAUUUGAAGCUUCCUGAUGCGGAACCGUGUCGAUUGCCGAUGGGAUGUGGCUGCAGUGGCACUGCUGGCUCAACUUUUUGCAUCAGCCACCAAUAGAAGCGUCGGCUGGUUCUACGUGGCCUAUAUCGAGGAGUUCAACGUGGAUCGCCAAACCGCCUCCUGGCCGGGAUCCGUGCUCUUGGCCUGCCACCGAAGCUCAGGUCUGUUGGUCGGUGUACUCCACAAGCGCCUUUCAAUGUUUUGGAUUGGUCUUAUCGGGAGCGUUUUCCUCUGUGGCGGUAUAAUGGCAUCUGCGUUUGCCCCAAGCAUUGCCUGGAUAUCUUUUACUAUGGGAUUUGUACAUGGUAUUGGUGUCGGAGUGACGUUGCUCUCACACACAGUAGUGAUCCUGCAGUACUUCAACAAAUACCGGGGCAUCGCAGUAGGUCUCCUACUCACAGCAGGCCCCAGUCAGCGCCCUUUUGUUUCCUGCGGUGCUGUCUGCCCUGACUGUUGCCUAUGGGUUCCGCGGAACUUUGAUUGUCUACAGUGCUAUCAGCCUGCAUAUAUUCGCUUUCCGAGUAAUGCUGAAAGAGCCGCUUUGGCUUACCUCUGCCGGAGAGAAGACACGAAGGCGUGUUCGAGGCAGCAAGGACGCAUUGAAGACAUCUCAACAGCUAACUGAGUGCGACGCCUCACUUCUGACCAAAGCGGACGAACCGGCCGGCACUGCCUUUUCUAUACAAAAAAUGCUUCACGAGGCUCGCAAACGCAGCCUAUCUAACAUAGAAGCGGAAACGGUGGACAUUGAAGAAGAUGUUCACCAAGCCGAAUUUAGUUCAAUGGAACACGACAGCUUGCGACCAAUGAAUGAACUCUGUUCUAAACACAGGGAAGAACUCCCUUUCGCUUGUCAAUGCUUUACCAAGACUUGCGCAGCUAAACCGGGUCCGAGUAAUUCUUUAUCAGUAACUCAACAAGAAGCUCACGUUAGACUUCUUCCACACUCUGCGAAUAGUUUCCCCACUUCUGAUGCGCAUCUUGACGACCUGCAUCACGUUAUUACGACAGAAAAUCAUUCACCUAAAGUUCGGCAGGCGUAUGCGAAAAUUGACAAGGACGUGAACGCAAUGACUCUCGAAUAUGCAGGCGGUCAACCUGCGCUUUCAAGGUCCAGAGUUUCGACUGUCUCGCGACAAUUGCUACUUAGGAUUCUUCAGAGCGUCAUGCCGACAAGGCCCUCUACAGCGAGUUUCGUUGCAGCCGUCUUAGCCUCAAUGCUGCUGGACUACGUGAACUCGGUGCACCUUUUCACGAUGGUGGACUAUGCGCGUGACAAGGGCGUCUCCCGUACGCAUGCUUCCAUGGCUCUUACAUACGCAGCAGCACCGGAGAUCUUAGGGCGUCUACUUUUGCCUUUCAUCGCGGAUAUCGGCUGGGUCAGCAGACCGUCCUUAACCUGUGGAUGUGUGAUUGCCGCCGGGAUACUGUUCGGAGUCACUCCAGAGACAACGCAAGUAAUGCACCUCGUCCUUCGGGCGCUGUCAUCGGUGUCAAUGGCGGCGCUUUUGACGAUGAGGCAAGUGCUCAUAGCUGACUACAUGGGGCCCGAGGUCGUCAGUAUUGUCUCAGGAGUGUCGGGCUCGCUUCUUGUUCCAGUACUGCUGUGCAACCCGAUGAUAUUUGGUUAUUUCCGGGACGAAAUGGGCUCCUACGACAACCUCUACCGUAUCAUGGCCGGAAUCAUUUUAUGCACUGGUCUCGUCAUCUUCGCCUACUUAUUUCGUUCACGCAGGUCUAAACCGACAACCAUAGAAAGUAGUACGGGUGAAUUGUGAUGCUACAACCAUAGGAAAUGGAAAUAAUUGCCAGCUAUAUACUGCUACUGUAUAGAUAUGUCAUAUAGAGUGAAAACGCCAUAUGCGUUUCAAAUAGAGUCAGAUGUCACAAUGAUAAUGUCAUGCAAACGAUCGCAUGCACAAUGUUACUUGAAGCAACUUCUGCUGUUAUACUUGUUGCUAACCCCUGCACGUCAGCAAAGGAAAGGUUUCAUAGUCAACUGAUUUGUCGAAUCGUCCCUUCGUACAAUGUGAAUCUCGCAGCAAUAACCACCAAAAUAAAAGACUGGUU